UCUUGCACUGCGUUUCUCUAAACAAAUCAGCUUCUGGAAUUCACGAGAGUUGCAUCUCGACAAAUCUUCGUGUUUCCUCUUGGCAAUUCAUGAUUGUCAUAUCUCUAGAUCUUUUUAUAAGGUACACUAAAUAGCAGAAGAUAAUUUUUUCCAGUUUUUUUUUAGUUACCAUGAACAUUAAAAAUCUCUGAGAGAUAAGGAAGGUUUAUACAGGACAAUUUUCAAUAUCUCAUGCUGAGCAAAGUAUUUGUAAGAAAAUGUUAAAUUUGGUGCAUUGUUAUUUAUUUCAUUUUAUAUUAUAAAAGUUGAGAUGGUCUGAAAUAUUUUGUUAAUGUUUUGUAACAUUUUAUAUCUCUAGUUAUUUUCGAGUUAUUGUACACUUGUUAGAAUAUUAGAGAGAUAAGGAAACUUUGAUUUACACAGGACGAUUUUUGAUUGUCACAUGGGACGAUGUUCCCAUGUUGAGUGAGGAGUUUCCUAUAAUAAAGAAUGCUAAAAAAUAGAUUUAACAUACUGCAUAUUGUUACAUAUUUCAUUUUGCAUCACAAAAAUUGAGACAGAAAGUUUUAGAACAUUCUGUAAAUGUAUAUUUUUUUUAUCUGUAAAGAAAUACUAAUUGAAAAAGAGAGGUGUCAAAUAUAUUAGCUUUUUACUUUUCAUCAUAAUAUCGGCUUUAGCAUUUAUUUUGUAAAGUUUGUUAUAUUACUGUUUAUUGUUGUAUUACCAAGAGUUAGAAGUUAAGUAUCACUAAGAGUUAGAACUUUCUUCACUUGUUUGUCUUUGACUGUUGAAUUAGCAAUAAAUUUCUAUUGUUUACGUUUAAAAAAUGACUAUAACUUUACUUUAUUUUGCACAUCUUAUCUCUUUGUUGACAGGUAACAAUUUCUAAAAGUAUUAAAUAAAAUAACAUGGCAAAUAUAUAUAUACAUAAUGUAUAUAUGUUGUUACAGGAAGGAAAAAGCAUUUUGAAUGACAAUUAAACAAUGUGAGUGUUAAGCUAAUAGAUAGUUAGUAUUGUGUUUAAACGUGUGAGACAUUCCAUAUCGGUAAGGUACACGUUGUGACUCUAUGGAUAGUGUGCACCAUGUCUAAUAGUCUAGACAGUUUUCUCACACGCAUAGGGGAUGUCACAAUUGAACGUGUGACUCCACGCAGUGGUCCCAAGCCUGAUGAAGCAAAUAUGAUGACCAGUGAAACUGUAACAAGUGUAAACAUGAAUGCUGAGCCACAGGCGACUAAUGACGAGAGCUCAGACGAAUCGAGCGGUGAAACGACGGAUGGGGAACAGGAGAAGAAGCUCGAUGUUAUGCAAUCAGAGGAGAUAGAAGAGAUACGCUCAGAGGGUUCUGGGGAUGAUAUGGAUCUGGACGAAACGAUCGAUUCCCAGAUUGGAGUGAGAAUGGAGUCAGAGAGGCAGCAACACCAUCCGUCUCCAGAAGAGGACGACGAGGAACAAGUUAAUAUUCUGGAUACUUUACCUCUGGAAGGUGCACCUAUAGAAGGUCAAGAAGUAUCUGAAGCCGAUCUGUUAGGGAAGCCUAUAAAGGAUUCAGAAGAUGAGGAAAGUGUGGAUAAUGAGAACGAGAGAACGGACGAACAAUCUACAGGGGAGGAAGGCACUGACAGUAACAAGAGACACGCCGAUUCCGAUCAUUCCGACAGCGCGAAGAAGAAAGUGAAGAAGGAUGAUGGUAGCACUGAGGGUAGCACGUCGGAAUGCGAGUUGAAGACAGAGAAAAAGCUAUCCAAUAUGCGAAGAAACAUUCGAGAGGUGAUGGACGAAACACAACUAGACGAAGCCACAUUGUCCGCUCAAAGGCAGGAGAUGGAACGUCUCAGACGAGUGCAGGAGCAGCAGAAAAUUAUUCGUGAGGUACAACGUCAGAUAGCAAUCAAUCGACAGAACAAGGCGCAGACGCGCGUUAUCAGUUUACUACAGGGUAAGCAGAAUCAGGCUGGAAGCACUAUGAUCUCGCAGUCGUCUUCCUCAUCGUCGCCAUUUCCGUCAAUGACGUCGCCGUCGUCCACUCAAGUCCGUUUGCCAAAUACCGUACUGCUGAAAGUGAACUCUGGCACCGGCACUGGUGCUCAGACCACUCAGAUGUCUAGUGGGAUGCAAGCGGGACAGAUGCAGAGAAGAUCGAUCGAUGGUGGUACGCGUUGGCAGAAGGGCAGAGGCGGUUAUCAGGGAGCGCAGACAUCUAUCUCGCGUGUCCCAAAUCGGUCCGGUGCGCCUAAUAUGUUACAACAAAGAAUCCGCAUGAUGACGCCGUCUGUAAGUAUAUCGCCGGUGGUACCAAAAAAGGAGCCGUUGGAUCGAGCGGACUACUAUUCUGAUUCCGAGUUGUCUGAUAUGGAAGCUGAGGAAGCGAUACGCUGCGAGAAGCAGAUGCAUGCAGCGCGGAAGAUGCCUGGCGCGUCCAAAUAUCAGAGACCGCCUAAAGGCAAGGAUGUGGUGACGAUAUCCAGCUCGAGCGAAAGUUCGGACGAUGACUGUAUAGUUUUGAGUGAUCCUAGCGGUGAAGAGGAAACUGACACUGAGGAUGAUCCAUCUAAUUCCGGGAUGCAUACUAAUGAUCGUUAUAACAUUCCAGACGAACAUGGUCGGGUAUUGAUCAAUGUGGGUCAUCCCGAGACCGAACCGGAAGUUUAUCUAGCGCCACAGGUGGCUCGCAUUAUUAAGCCUCAUCAGAUUGGCGGUAUACGCUUCCUCUUUGAUAAUAUCAUUGAGACGAUCGAAAGAUACAAGACUAGCAGCGGCUUUGGCUGUAUCCUUGCCCAUAGUAUGGGUCUAGGCAAGACUCUUCAAGUCGCCAGCUUUUGCGACAUUUUUUUUCGAUGUACCACUGCCAAGACUGUUCUCUGCAUUAUGCCUAUAAAUACGCUUCAAAACUGGCUGGCGGAGUUCAACAUGUGGUUACCAUAUGAAGAUCCCGCUAUUACUGCCGAGAAGCAGUCUAAGGCGACGAACGUCAAAAUGGAACCAGGAACAGAUAUGAAGCACGAAAUAAAAGAAGAAAGUUGUGGCAAUCAGAGCGACAUGUCUAAUAUGUCGCGGCCUAUUAGCACAGAGUCUGCGCAUCGUUUUAGUCAGGACGCAGCAACCGCUGUCGGUGUGUCGCAACAAUCGAUGAACAUCAUGUCAGAGAAUCCUUAUACAAAUCCUCAUCACGGUUACGAACAGCGCAACAUGAUGCCGAGUUAUAUGCAAGAUUCUACUGUGAUGAAUAAGAAUAUGGCUGAACCUCAUGUACCACAUAUGCCAUCGAAUUAUCAUCAGGGAGAGAUGCCGCAAAAUCCUAUGUACAACCCGAAUUCGAAUACACUUUCUAAUUUCUCCGAUCCAAUGAAGCCAGAUCCGAUGAACUGCCAUGGUAUGCCACCUGGGCAGAACAUGACAGGGCCAAAAUUCGGUAUGGAGAAUCAGACUACCGGUGUUAUGUAUCCUGGCAUGGAGAAUCGACCGCAGGGUGUUCCUAUGUAUCCCGAUAUGGAAACUCGAAACGCCGCGGCAAUAUAUCCGGGCAUGGGUAAUCAUCAUCCCAGUUCGAUGUACUCCAAUUACAACAACAUUCCCGGUACUUUCGCGAGCUACGGCAGUCAAACGAAUCAACAAGAAUUAGUCCGAGAGCCGAAGAAGGAGAAUAUGCUGCCGGGAGGAAUGCCAAUUCAGAACACAGAAGUUAAUGUGAAGAAAGAACCGGAAGAGAUGAUAAAAAAAGAAGAGGGUACUUCAGUGAAGGAAGAAUUAGUGGAUGAAAAGAAGGAAACGAUAGAAAAGGUGAAAACACCAUACAAUGUAGAUACGCCAAUUGGUAUGACUGUACGCCCGAGGCACUUCCGCUUGCAUAUUUUAAAUGAUUCGCAUAAAACUAUGACGGCGAGAGCAAAGGUGAUACAGGAGUGGCAAUCGACCGGUGGUGUUUUAUUGAUAGGAUACGAAUUGUAUAGACAAUUGUCUUUAAAGAAGCCUAACAAGGCUAAACGAAAACGUGGACAACCCUUCAAAGACACAGUAGAUGUAGAAGAAGAGGAUAAGAACAAAGGUCUGCUGGAUGAAAUGCAUUCAGCUUUAGUGAGUCCUGGACCGGAUUUGGUAAUCUGUGACGAAGGCCAUCGAAUCAAGAAUUCACACGCGAGUAUAAGCAUGGCGUUGAAGCAAAUGCGAACGAAGCGCAGAAUUGUAUUGACCGGUUAUCCGCUACAAAAUAACCUGCUGGAGUAUUGGUGCAUGGUAGACUUUGUGAGGCCCAAUUAUCUGGGUACCAAGAGCGAGUUCUGUAACAUGUUUGAAAGACCGAUUCAAAAUGGUCAGUGUAUCGACUCUACUCCACAAGAUAUACGUUUGAUGCGAUAUCGGGCACAUGUGCUGCACGCUUUGUUAGAGGGUUUCGUGCAAAGACGAUCUCACUCCGUGUUGCAAAUGUCAUUACCUCGCAAGGAGGAAUACAUCCUCCUCGUUAGGAUGACGCCUCAUCAACGUAAAUUAUAUGAUACGUUUAUGAAUCAGGUAGUGAAAACGCGUGCAGUACCAAAUCCAUUAAAAGCCUUUGCUGUAUGCUGCAAGAUUUGGAACCAUCCGGACAUCUUGUACUAUUUUCUUCGUAAGCGUCAGGCAAAUGAAGAAGAUGAUUUGGACCUGGAAGAGACAAUAGCAGAAAAAGUCACGACGGGUGGCAAGAAAUCCAAAGCACGUCAACCGAAAGGAGAGUCUAAGAAAACCAAAAAGGGUACGAUAAAGAAUAAACCUGCAGCUAGCGUACAACCAAAUGCUUCUUCGUCAUCCAACAACGAUAAUGCGGAGGCUGAAAAUACAAACAACGCUCCAAAACAAAAUAAUUAUACUAAUAAUUAUACAAUGCCAGCUUCUAACUCGGGAUAUUCUAACUCAAUGCCGCAAGGAUCUUAUCCUCCUCAUGGAAAUUAUCAAAACUAUCGUCCGAAUGAUCAAAAUACGUACUAUAGAAACGAUAACAACAAUCAUGGAGAAUAUAAUCAUGGAGAGUUUUACAAUAAUCAAGGACAACAAAGGUACAGCAAUCAACCAUUCCAGUCAUAUACUCAAACAUCAACAAACUACAAUACGUCGCAGGGAUAUGCCAAUCAAUCUCAAAAUUACAUGCCGUCAAACGAGCAAUCCACUCAGAGAUAUAGUGGUGCAGCGGCUGGCUCCGAUUUUCGGUCGGAUCAAAAUCAAGGAAAUAAUUAUGAAGCACCUGGGAUGUUUCCACGACAGAAUUAUCCUUAUCAGGAUCAGCAGCGCAAUUAUACGCCAAAUUUAAAUCAAGGGCCUAGCAAUUAUCCCCAAGUUUCUAAUCAAUCUACCUUCCAGUCACAGAUGCCGAAUCAAUCCGCGAAUAUAUCGAUGCCGGAUUACUCGUCAUAUACCGCGAAUCAAAAUCAAAAUUACACGCCGACGCCGACUCAAGCGAAUCCGAUGUAUCCACGAAAUGAUGCGCAACCAUUGCAAAACUCGACAAUGGGAUAUCCAGCAUCUCAGCAAGGUCAGCCACCGUCAGCUCAAACACAAACCACUGGCUAUAUGGCGCCGCAGCAAAACCAGAACAUAUCGCCCGGUCAAAAUCGUGGCUUCUCGCCAAACCAGCAGAAUCAGAAUUUAGGUUUGCAGAAUCAAUCUCAUCCAUACGCGAGCCAGCAAUCGCAAGGUGUGCCUAUUCAGGGCCAAGCACAUGGAUAUUCUACGCAAGUGAAUCCGGCUCCUCCACAGACCCCGCAUGCGUUUAAUCAGCAGUCGGCUUCGAUGCCGCCAACUUCAUCUCACGGUUACAUACAGCCGAACCAAUCGAAUCAAGGGCCCAUUCCACAGGGUUCGAUGCGCGGUUAUACUCCGGCACCACAAGGUCAAAUAAACGUAGCACAAAAUCAGACUAAUUAUCCAGCCAAUCAACCCGCACAAAACGUCAAUGCACAGAAUCAGACACACAGGUAUUCUUCAGAACAGUCAGGCCAGGCAUCAAAUCCGCAGAAUGCUGUCCACAGUUAUAGUCAUCAUAUGAUACCUCAAACCGCAGCUUCCAAUCAGACAAGUCCAUAUCCUCAACAGAAUCAGUCCGGUCCGGUGAUACCACCGUCGAAUCAAGCUCACUCUGGUUAUCCGCCAAAUCAUUCAGGCACAAGCGCAAUGCCGCAGAAUCCUGCACAUCGAUACGGAGCUGCGCAGCAAACACAAGUGGCCCAAAAUCAACCUAUGGGAUAUCCGCCAAAUCAGCAGCAGCCUAAUCCAUCUUUGAGUCAAAACGAUCAACUUUAUCCUAGGUCAGACGCUACGGUGUCGCAACAAACGCAGAGUUACGCUCCGGCAGCAAACGAAUUUUCUAAUGAUCGUUCGAGUGCAAACACCGGUAAUUCCGGCAAUAAUUACACCGCCAAUCAGCCGCAAACGCAGAACCCCGUCAUGCCGAAUUAUCCAUCGGAUAACACACAUCAGAAUCCGGCGGCAGUCGGACAGAUGAAGGGCGCAGAUGAGCCUUAUUAUAUGCAGCGCAGUUAUCCGCAGACGUUCCGACCGGAUCAGCAAUGCAACGAUUCGUACUACAGAGAUCAGAUGAAUUCCGGCAUGAAUCGUUAUCCAAAUAAUUAUUUCCCGACACAGAAUUAUUCAAAUCAGUCAUAUGACUACGCGACUGGUCACGACACGGACAUGAAUUCGCGAUCUGAAGAGUCCAAGACUUUACAGCAACCCAUCAGUGCUCAUCCUUCCGGUACUCCGUGUGAUAAAAGUAAUAAAGACAUGACAUCUAACAUCGGGGUGCAGAGUCAACCAUUGCAUCAGAAUAAUCUCGCCGGUCCGCCAAGCUACAUCGCGGAAUCGAAUCGUCAGAGUUCGGCGACUCCUGCGCCCAGAUCAGGAGUUAAUCCAGUGCACAGUCCUCGAUUAAAUCAGAGCGAAGUGACGAAGGAGGAUGAGAGAGAAAAAGAAGACCAACCAGAGAAAGAUAAAGAAGAUAAAUCUGACGAGGAGAUUCUUGCGAAAGACGAGGAAAAAGAUUGCAAGAGCUCUCCUAUCGGAAAAGAAGAUCCAGGAAUUCCAUAUGAUUGGGCAACAGAGUUGAUGAAGGGAUAUGUACCCGGUUUGAUAGAUGCGUCCGCAAAAAUGACUAUCUUCUUUUGCAUUCUUGAGGAAGCUAUUAAAUUAGGAGAUCGCGUACUUGCAUUCUCGCAGUCGCUAUUCACAUUGAAUCUUAUAGAAGAUUUCUUAGCGCGAAAUAGUUUAAAGAAUCCGGAUGGUCAAACUGAUGCCUGGAUUAAGAAUGUGAAUUAUUACAGACUAGACGGAAGCACCAGUGCAUUAGAGCGAGAGAAACUGAUCAACGAAUUUAAUAGUAAUCCGAAGAUUCAUCUCUUUCUUGUUUCUACACGAGCUGGUUCACUGGGUAUCAAUCUUGUCGGUGCGAAUCGCGCGAUUGUAUUUGAUGCUUCUUGGAAUCCUUGUCAUGAUACACAAGCAGUAUGCAGAGUUUAUCGAUACGGCCAAAAAAAGCCAUGUUUUGUUUAUCGAUUGGUCACCGAUAACUGUCUAGAAAGGAAAAUCUAUGAUCGACAAAUUAGUAAACAGGGCAUGGCAGAUCGCGUGGUUGACCAGUGUAAUCCCGAUGCGCAUCUUUCGCUAAAGGAAGCAACAACAUUAUCGUGGGACUGGGAAGAGGACAGUCAAGUGCAGGAUUUCUCGCAGAUUAAAGAUAGCUAUACGGAUGAAGUUAUGCACUGUGUGUUAGAACGCCAUUCCUCGUUGCUCACAAAACAACCGUUUCAUCACGAGAGUUUACUCGUUGAUCGAAAGGAUAAGAAGCUUAGUCAAGCUGAGAAACGAUUGGCUCGUCGCGGCUAUGAGCUUGAAAAGAUGGCAGCUAAUUGUUCCAGGCCCAGUUAUAACUAUGUUCCUGGAAAUACAGCAACGCGAGGUGGAUUACAAAUCAGAGCAAUUCGCGGUGGUGAUGGUGGUCCUACGCCGAAACCUGUGGCAUCUGUUAGACCUAUGCAACAGCGAGGUGCUGAAGGAUUAAAUCCGCGAGGUGUUACUGGUAGCAGAUGGAUUCCGGCGGAAGUAUGGCAGAGACAGGGAAUGAGUGCGCAAGAGAUGACGCUACCUCUAGAUGUAGUUAUACCGACCAACUCUCCGGAUAAAGGAAGUAUCGUUUUGAAAGCGGGUCAACGGGUAAUGGUGUUGAAGAGUCCAAAAGGCAUUUACAUGCAGCUUGAAUCUGGCAAAAUUAUAGCAAUUCGCACUGCGCUUAAAUUGAAUCAGCAAAAACGAGAGGAGGAGCCGAAGAAAGGAGUUUCCUCGAUGAUACAGAGGAAUUCUAAGCCCGAAGUUGGCUUUCCCUUACGGAAUAACUCGGCUAUUUCCAUAAUACCCAAAUCAUCCUCAAGUAACCAGAUCGGCGGCCGGCCUCUGAAUAAAUCAUCACCGAGCCCGGGUUACAAACCGUUUGGCGAUAAGGAAAUCUCUAAGAGGCCCAAACCAGUUGCUACAGCAACAGCCAAACCUUAUUUGAGUCAAGUAAACUUAACUAAUCAAGUUUCUCUGUCGAGACUACCUAAAGUCAAGCAAGAACCAAUUGAUCAUUCUACACUGGGGGACAACUCUAACUCGUCUGAUGGUCAAUUGAGAACAGAGCAACGCGUCGAGGAAGUCAGAUUAGAAGACGUAGUGGCAGAAGUUAGCUCGAAUACUGAGUAUAGUCCCUCUAAUCAUACUCGUACCACUAAUUCGGAUACGGAUACAUCCUUGCCAAAAUCGUCCGAAGAAAGCACUCAGGUUUACACGCCUGAUACUGUCUCUCUUGCGCAAAGUGUUCAGACACAGCAUGAUCAGUCUGAACCAGAAAUGCCGUCAACCGCUGACAAACAACGUUUGCCAUCGGAGAAAGAACCUUCUAAAUCCGAUACAUUAACAAACUACAAUCGGCCAUUCCAUACUCAAGCGGAGAAGCGAGAGACCAAUGAUGAUAUCAUCGUUGAAGAAACUCAAGCGACAUCGCAGAUGACGCCACAGAUGACGUCGCAAGUGACACAGCAAGUGACACCACAAGUCGCGACACAAACGCACGUAAUUCCUAGCCCAAUGACUUCUCUGUUGACACCGCAACCAGUAUCUUCGGCCAUGCCGAUACCAUCGACCAUGUCGAUACCGCCAAACUUAUCGGUACCAUCAAGUAUGCCUCCGAAUAUGCCAGUACCAUCGAACAUGCCACCAAACUUACCGCCGAGCAUGCCAGUAUCAUCAAACUUGCCACCUAGUGUACCAUCGAACAUGCCGAUACCCUCGAGUAUGCCGGUAUCGAGUAUACCGCUGAGCAUGCCAUCAAGUAUGCCAUCGAGUAUGCCAUCAAGUAUUCCAUCGAGUAUGCUAGUAACAUCAAGCAUGUCUCCAAGCAUACCGUCGAGCAUGCCAAUACCAUCAAGUAUGUCGAUUUCAUCUAGCAUACCGGUAUCGUCGAGCAUAUCAGUAUCGUCUGGUGUAUCAAUACCAUCCGCGUCUGCAAGAGGUUCAGAAGCACCUAAAAGUAUCGCCGAAUCAAUUGCAAACGUGACAUCGACCGCUUCCGUAUGCACUAGCACCAAUAUCACUUCUCCGAAGAGUGCUGAGCCAACUCCGAGUAUGCGAGACAACAUGAUCCAGAGUGAUCCGACGCCGAGCGUACCCCAGGGAUAUCCCUACGCUCAGUACCCGAGAUAUUACGACUAUAGCGAUCCGCGAUCCCGUCCGCUUUCUAAUCCCUAUGGCACUUACUUCCCAGGCGUUCCACCACACACGGCAAAUCCCAGACUGCCAGACACGUCGAAACCUCAACCGGACCUAGGCAAACCUAUGGACGAGAGGAACGUGAUGAACGUGCCUACUGCUUAUUCUCAAAUACCGAGCAUUACUGCCAAAACGUUAACGAGCAACUCUGCGACGGAGUCUAAGGGUACGGACAACACGACGGUGACUACUACGAUGGCCUCAUCGAGCAGAGAUGAGACACAUAUACCUACCGCAUUUAGUCAUCCCACUAGCACGCGGUAUCCAGGACCAUAUCCACCGGGCCCGUACGAUCCAUACUCACAGCAUUAUCCACCAGCGCCUGGCUCUUCUGCAGCUUAUCCUCCAGGUGGAGCACCCGGUUAUCCAGCAUACGGUGGACCUAGCUACAAUACAGAUUAUGCCCGUAUGUACUCGGCGUUCCAUGGUCCGCCACCUCCAACGGAUCCCUACAUGCAUAGAGGAUACGCUCCUCCCUCUUCGCAUCCCCCUAAUUACUAUUCGCCCUUCCCGCAUCCUCCACCACCUUAUGGCAAUUAUUCGUUCUUGCCGUAUCCAAAUCCGAAUAUGUCUAGCGAGCCUCAACCACCCACUCAGUAGGGAAGCAACGCGGCUAAGGAUAAUCCUGGGUUAGUGGCCGUGAAAAGCGAGAAAGCCGUCGCAGAUUCAAAGCCGCGGUUACGAAGCUUAAUAGACUGAAGCUGUAAAACGCAUCGAUGUAAAUAUUUAGUCAGAAAUAAUGAGAUAUUAAGAGGAUAUUUGAUGGCAGGUAUUUCGAGUAUUUCGCAAUACCGAUAUGUAAUGACGUGAAGGACGAGUGCGAUCGCCGUCAACAUUGAACUGUGCAAUCUGUUGAAAUGUUCAGAAUAUUUUAACUCUUGACUUUGUCAACAUCGUUCUUGCGAUGCGUUUUUGUUUACUAGUUAAUUACAAGAAAAUGUACUCGUCAUGCGGUACAAAUCACUCCUUUAGUUAAUCCUCCAGUUUCAUAAGGGCAGCGUCAAGUGAGAUUUUUUACGAAUACUUAGAUUAUGCAAUUUAGAUUGCAAUACGUUUCAUACAAUUGCGUUCCUCGUGACUUUUUCUACUUUUUGUACUUGCGCGCUGUGCUUUGUCAGAUUAGCCUUUUAUCCAUAGCUUUUAAACAUUGAACCCGAUGAGUUAUUGACGUGUAUAACUCUGAGAAGAUUAAAGGAGGAGUAAAUUGUACCAUUCGAAUGAUCGAAGAGAGCGGAGAAGCGCUGUAUAUUAUCGUUUAGCUUCACGCGUUACAUUCAAUCACUUAACUCGUUUUUGUAUAUCUUGUAUAUCAUUUUUAUAACGAAGAGGGGGAUGGUCAUUACAAAGGAACAAAAUUCUCGUAUCAAAAAUGAUUAACAAUAUCCAUGACGCGUUCGUUCGCAAUUCAUAAAACCCAGGAAUUAAAAGUAAAAAUCGUGCUAAACAAAUGACUAAAAGUAGACAUAUGAGAUUUUGAGUUUACAUCUAUUUCACUCAUUAUGAUAUUAAUAACGAUGUUUUACGGGUAAUACGUUAGAAUUUAAACGUAAGAAUUUAUUCUUAUAUUAGCUUUUAUAAUUUUUUUCUUUUUUUUUAAUUAGAUAACGUGAUUCUCUUGAUCUUUAUAUAUCUGAGAUUUUCUUGAAGGGGAAAUGAUAUGUAGAAAACUUCCAUGACAAAUUUUUGCGAAUUUCUAUUUGAUCGACUAAUCCCUCUUCAUGAUGUUACGGCAAGAGUAAUGAAUAUUUGCAAGCUGUUUAGAUCACUGACAUUAAAACUGUAUUAUAAAAUGCAGAUUGAAACUUUCGCGCAUGAACGUGUUAGAAUCUACUGUCCAAUGAAAUACUUUCUUCUAUUUCAUCGUACAAAACACUUCAUAUAUCACAGCGGUAUGUGUAAUUGUUACACGAUUCUCGACGAUUCAGAACUUUUACCUUGAAAUUGUUUUUCUAAAGAUUUGUUGCAUGAGACUCCGUUUUCACUUGAACUAUGCUUUUUCCAGCAAUAGUUCUAGUAGUUUUUAAUUUCCAUAUCCAAUUUUUCUUGCACUAUUUUGAAUGAAAUUAUCGUCUAAAUGAGCCCAUUUGUAAUUCUUAACGACAGUUUUGUUAUAAUGUCGUUGCACAGAUAUAACAUAUGAUAAAAAAAGCUUCAUAACAAUGUUAUAACGAACGUUUAAGAGUUACAGAAUAGAGGGAGGAGUUAUUGCAAGAGUUUCACCUAUUUAAAGUCCUGGUUUAGACAAUGGUUGUAUUAUACUACUUAGAUACUAUUAUAAUUAUUUAGAUGAUGGAUGAAGUAAUUUUACUCGAAAAGACGAUUUCAGGACGAGAGCAAUGAAUCGUGCAGAGUAAAGUUUGGUUUGCAUUAUGCAUCACUCUUCCGUAAAAAUAUGCUCUUUUUUUUAUAGUGCGUAUCUGUAUUCUUUUUCUCGACGAGCGUUGAGAUCGGUUGCUAUUCAUCGCGAUACGCGUCACGCCGCGUCUACGUGUCGUCUCUUUCAAACCAUUUUCCGCAUACAUACAUUUAAACGCGUAAACACGUACAUACAGUAUUCAUGGAACAUUUAGCAGCCAGUAAAUUACAGUCUACAGCAUCCCUAGCGAGUUGUAUAUGGACUACGUAUUAUACUAUUAAACGUUACGGUUUCCGAACUAGAUAAUCUUACAGUAGAACGUAGGAUUGUUGUUAACUAGGAACGUCUUACGACUUAUAAAAGGAAAAGAGGAAAAAAUAAGCAAGAAACACUUGCCGCAUCUCUCGGAGACGCGUAAUGUAAGCGUUAAGGGGAGAGCCAUGAUUUUCAGGAGCGACUCUUCAGACUCGGAACUGUGAUAUUUUAUUAUUAAUCUCGUGUCGAAUUCGCGCUGCAUGCUCUUGCCCGGAAUCGAAGUCGCCGACCUUUCGGUUUCGGCGGGAGUUUCGCGGGCUGGCCCAGAGAGGUAUCCCUUCCGGGUCCGCCUACGCGACGCUCGGUCGAAAUUGUUGCAUUUACGUUAGCGUAAGUCAAUCGAGUGCACGAGAUGACUAAUCCGUUUUUUCCAAGUGGGACGUAGAGGCGCGCACGGGUCUAUCAUGGUGCUCCCUGUAUACAUUAUUAUAGACCAGUGGUAUUCAACCCCGGCGUCAGUCCCGAGAGCAUCCCCGUCGUGCCCUUUGAAGAAUAUAUUUUUUUAUUUUUCCUCUUGCCCAGAAUUUUGUACACCGUUUCGAAAGCACUUCCACGAAGGAUUUUUGAUAAAACUUUUUUUUUAAUUUCCACGAUUCUUUUAUAUUCUUUCUUUACUUGCGCUUUUUACGAGUUUCUUUUGCACGUUUUAAGGAUAAGGGAGAGAGAUAACUUUUCUUCGUAUAAAUUCUUCAGAACUCUGUAUGCCAGAAGAAUUUAUCCUUUUUUAUAUUCAUACAUCUUCGUACUUACCAAAGUUCCCUUUUAACAGAUCGCGCCCGCGAAUUCUCCCAGAAGGCGAAAACCCGUGUCUUGGCGUCCCUCCCGAAGGGGGCACUCCAGGUUGAAUACCUCUGAUUAUAGAUGAAUUAUUCUAGCAAGAUAAGCGUUCGUGCUGGAUAUAUGAUUAGUAAUAUUAUGUCUCCCGCGGCGGGUCUCGGUGUUGUCUGUUUGCCGCGCGAUGAGACGCGACGUUCCUCUCCUCCCCCUUUUCCCUUCUUCGUCAUCCCUCGUUUACUUGGGACGCGGCUGCACGUUUCGUAGGUUCUAAGGUGUACAGGUGUUACGUUUAAGCGCGACGCUCAAGUAAGCUGUGCAAUCCCACGCAAACAGAUGACAGGGAGACCGUCGCGUUAAAAUGCGCGCGCGCAAGAGAGAGAGUGAGAGAAAGAGAGCUGCGAGCCGUACCGUUGUUCUGAAAGCGGUCGCGGAGUUUCAAAUAUUUCGCGGGAUUUGCGGAUUAUCACCACAACGAGUCAUCCUUUGAUACCGGGGGUGCGGUUGUCGAGUUCUAUUUCAUUGUAAUAUAAAGAUCACUCUCGACGUCGCCGCAAACCGAAAAUAGCGCGUGCGAUCUUAGCGCUAAACAUGAUGAUCCGGUUUCUAGUUAUGUUCACAAAACGUAACGAAAAUUACUUGUCAUUCGAUGUUACUCGAAUUGUUUAGGGCUAAAUAUAAUAUUGUAAAUCUGAUUUCAAACUCUCGUAAUGAUUAACGCGAUUUUAAUCGAUUAUCGUUACAUAUAAAUUUUAUAAUUAUAUAUAAUUGUAUUAUAUAUAAUUGUAUGUAUUUAUAAAGCAAACAAGCGGAGCAAUACGGGCAUUUCAGUGGAAUUUCUGACUUGCGCCACUCUCAGAACAAGCGGCUCAUAUAUCUGCAGAAGGAAAGCAAUUAUUUCAUCUGUUAUAGCUUCUUUGCCAUUUACAUACUUGUACAUACCCAUUAUUUACAUUUCAUACUUUAUUUAUUAUUAUACAUUAGCCAUUAUUAUCGCUUUUUUUCGAUGUCAGAGUAUUACCCUUAUGUAAAAUAAAUUGUUUACACUGAUGACAAGAUUGUUUUGCUCAUACUAUAUUGUUACGCAGAGCGAGAGAGAGAGAGAGAGAGAGAAGAAUGAGAGCACACAUUUGUUUUUUACAACAUUCAUCUUUGCAUCUAAAAACAGGAAUCAGCUCGCAAUCUCGUGUUUUCGCCACAAGUUUAAUGCAAAACGCUGUUUGAUUUCAAGACCGAAUAAGGUAACUGUCUCAAUUUUGAGUCGAGUUCUAAUUAUAAGAUCAAAUUUGUGAAAUUAAUGUUUUACAGAAAAAUUUUUUUAUAUUUAAUUUUUUGUAAUUGUAUUAUAAAAUCACUUUAUUAAUCAUUGUUGUUAUUUAGAAAAAAAUAUCUUUAAUUUAGCUCUGUAAAUACUUUUCUAAUCAUUCUUUGAAAUUUAUAUUCUCAGUAGAUUGUAUAUAAAGUUUGCAAUACAUACAUUACAAACAUACAUUAAUGAAAAUUAUUUUAACUGAUCCAUGAUCGUUAGAGAUCGUUACCUUAUUUUCGUCUGACAAAUUUUUUGAGAAAUUCAUAAAAUCGUCCAAUAGACAAUAAUAAAUAAAUUUUAUUAUUCCAAGAAAUUUUGGAAAUUGUAGAAAAAAGCAAUCUCAUAAAAAAUUUCGGAAAUUAAAGAGGAAAUUAUUGAAAGCUUGUACAGAUCUUUGUGACCCUUUAAAAUAUUAGAAGAAAACUUUUUUGCGUGAGACAAUUUCAACAAAUCGAUAAGUAAAUGGUUUGAUCAUAGUGUAUCUAUGAUGACGCGAAGAUCUAAAAGAAGCGUCUGGCAGCCACUUACGGCGAAAGCACGCGUCGCAAUGCACGGUGUAAAUGUUUAGUAUCGUAAGGGAUGAUUCAUGUAAAAACAACAUUAUGGAAUUAUUAAGCAAAUUCGUCUGAUAUACGCGAGAGAUUCGUCUUUCAAUCUGAAAUUCUGCAUCGACGUGAUAAGAUUUUCGUGACGCUCUUCAUCUGUACAUGUUAGGAUGAUUAAAAAUGAAUGUUACACGCAGGCUGGGUUUAUUGAAGAGUUAUAAUAAAUUUGUCAGCGAAGGAUUAA